AUGAAGGAUAUACUAAACUUUAAAAAUCUAUUAAUAAUAACUGUUACAUUAUGUCAAACAUUGGAUUACAGUUGGGCCAUUAAACGUGGUCCCCAUCAUCCGCGUAGUGAACGUAAGGUGGACCAACAUUUAACCCAUGAAGAGCACCGUAUAGAAGAUGAUUUAAAGGAAAUGGGCAUCAAGGCAUCUGUGGAAAAUAUGUCCGAGGAGGAGAAGAAUUUCUAUUAUUUUAAGAUCCACGAUGGAGACAAUAAUAAUGCCUUGGAUGGUUUGGAACUUCUGCAGGCUGCAAUGCAUCAGGAUGAUCAUUUUAAGAAAAUCGAUCGGGAUAAUUUCAUACAAAAUGCCAAUGAUGAACUGAAUCAUAUUAUCGAUGUCAUUGAUGAAUUCCUGUUAAUAGCCGACGCCAAUAAGGAUGGAUUUUUACACUACAACGAAUAUGUUCAGGCGGUAACGGGUACAGCACACUAAUGACAUAGUGCGGAAUAUUACUACU